CGUUUUUUGGGGGUUAGUUAUAAAAGUCAGUUAGGUAACUUAUCUAAUAAUUUUUGGAAGCAGGCAAAGUUAUAGUAUAAAUAAAAAAAAAUAAAUUAAAGCGCUUUAUCAAAAGACGACUCCAGUCGACGUCAAACUAAACGAAAACAAUGAAUAAAGUACACACUCGCUUAUUUCUGAUUAUAGGAUGUUUAUUUGCACAUAUGAAGUGUGUUCCAAUUUAUGAAGUCAACGAUGGGAAAAACGAUCUAUGUAAACAUUCUUAUACCAAGAGAUUAUUAUACAGUCUCGGAAUGAGUGCUGAUUCUUCUUUGUGCAUUUUGCAAGACAAAAGAGACGUGGAAAGUCUAUUCACCAGUGUCCUGGAAACUAUUUUUUUGCGUCAAGUAAAAAAAGAACCAGUAACCGAUUCAACAAUAAUUGAAUCGAGAGAGUACUGUUGCAGUCCAAAAUGCGAUAGUUUUAUGGAAAAGCUUGGUAGACCACACGUUAAACUUGUUAAGUGUACGUGACUUUUUAGUAAACACAAUAAAGGUUUUCUAAAAUAAA